GAUUUUUUUUAUUAUAAAUUAUUGGUAAUCGCUAGCAAAAUGUCGGAGAAGAGUUCGAACUCCUCAGGGUCCGACGAGGAUGUGGAUCCGGAAUCUGGACAGCCUGUUAUUGAGCUCGGUGGUGUCCUAAGCAAGUGGACCAACUACAUUCAUGGAUGGCAGGACCGGUGGGUGGUAUUGAAGAACAACACCUUGAGUUACUAUAAAUCUGAGGACGAGAGAGAAUAUGGCUGUCGAGGUGCCCUGUGCCUGAGCAAGGCUAUGAUUUCACCCCACGAGUUUGAUGAGUGUCGCUUCGACAUCAGCGUCAACGACAGCGUGUGGUACCUGAGAGCAGAGGACCCCGCCCACCGGGACCAGUGGAUCGACUCCAUCGAGCUGCACAAGGCUGAGUCUGGGUAUGGUUCUGAGACCAGUCUAAGACGUCAUGGCUCCAUGCAGUCUCUCACCUCGGCGGCCAGUGGCUUCUCUGCCACCUCCACCUCCUCCUUCAAGAAGGGCCACAGUCUGAAGGAGAAGCUGGCAGAGAUGGAGACGUUCCGGGACAUUCUGUGCCGACAGGUGGACACGCUGCAGAAGUACUUUGACUCCUGCGCUGACGGAGUCUCCAAGGACGAGUUCCAGAGAGACCGAGUGGUGGAGGAGGACGAGGACGACUUCCCCUCGACCACGCGCCCCAACGGCGACUGUCCCCAUAACAACAACGGCAGCAAAGAGAAACUCUUCCCCCCCGCCAGCCCUAAAGGGAUCAACGGUAUAGACUUUAAGGGUGAGGCCAUUACCUUUAAGGCCACCACCGCUGGGAUCCUGUCCACGCUGUCACACUGCAUCGAGCUGAUGAUGAAACGAGAGGACAGCUGGCAGAAAAGAAUAGACAAGGAGCUGGAGAAAAGGAGGAGGGUGGAGGACGCUUACAAGAACGCCCUGAGCGACCUGAAGAUCAAGUCCCACUACGGAGGACCCGACUACGAGGAGGGUCCCAACAGCCUGAUCAACGAGGACGAGUUCUUUGACGCCGUGGAAGCCGCCCUGGACAGACAGGACAAGAUAGAGGAAGAGUCGGAGAAGGUCCGGUUACCUCGUCUGACCCCGGCGCCACCAGUAGACGCGUACUCCGCCAUCGCUAAUCACAGAUUCUCCACCGGGCCCCAUAGCCGUUGUUCCUCCCUGUCCUCCGUCGAGCUAGUCAGUGCUUCAGACGAUGUUCACAGAUUCAGCACGCAGGUGGAGGAGAUGGUGCAGAACCACAUGACCUACUCCCUGCAGGACAUGGGCGGAGAUGCCAACUGGCAGCUGGUGGUGGAGGAGGGAGAGAUGAAGGUGUACAGGAGGGAGGUGGAGGAGAACGGGAUCGUCCUGGAUCCUCUCAAGGCCACCCACGCCGUCAAGGGCGUGACGGGCCAUGAGGUGUGCCACUACUUCUGGGACACGGCCGUGCGCAACGACUGGGAGACGACCAUUGAGAACUUCAACGUGGUGGAGACGCUGUCGGACAACGCCGUGAUCGUCUACCAGACGCACAAGAGAGUAUGGCCCGCCUCCCAGAGAGAUGUCCUCUACCUAUCAGCUAUGAGGAAGAUCCUGGCGACCAAUGAGAACGACCCUGACACGUGGCUAGUCUGCAACUUCUCUGUUGAUCACGACAACGCCCCCCCCACCAACCGGUGUGUCCGUGCCAAAAUCAACGUGGCCAUGAUCUGCCAGACCCUCGUUAGCCCACCAGAGGGCGACAAACAGAUCAGCCGAGACAACGUCCUGUGUAAGAUCACCUACGUAGCCAACGUUAACCCAGGAGGGUGGGCCCCAGCGUCCGUCCUGCGGGCGGUGGCCAAGAGGGAGUACCCCAAGUUCCUGAAGCGCUUCACCUCCUAUGUCCAGGAGAAGACCGCUGGCAAGCCCAUCCUCUUCUAAAUCAGCAUGGGUAUUGGGAGGAUUAUUCUGGGGAGACUACAUUUCCCAUCAACCAUUCAACCGUUGAUGUAGAAUGUCUUCUCGAACUGCAUUUCCCAUAGUUCCACCGUCCAGAAUGUUCUGGAUGUCCAAAUCGUAUAGAUAAAGACUGGUCCAAGGCUUUAAUACAUCUGUAGUUGCCGUCCCAGCCAUAGCGAUAGACAAACGUCAUCAGCUGGUUAUUAAUAUGUAUUUGUAUGUAAAUUCAAGAAUUUCUAUAGCAAAUUUUGAAUCGAUGGAAACCAAUGUUUUGCUUUUUUUGUAAAUUGUUUUGUAUAUUUCUUAUAAUUACAUUGAUCGUGACUUGUUUCGUUUUCCGUUUUUUUGUUUUGUUGGUUUCGCUUGCUUUUGAAUCACUGAUAUCACAGCUUCUCGUCACACUGCUAAUCUUUGCCCACCUAAAGCGAGCGAGCGUGACGAGUUACUUUGUCCUUGCCUUCCUCUACCUCUCUGAUGAACGCCCAGGUGCCAGUGUGAUGGAGAGGGGCAGACCCAAGUGUUCUGCGCCUAGUUCCUUUGCCUGAAGCCUAUAUUUCUACAUCAGUGUAACCGCUGUAAAGGAGCACUUGCAAUGUGAUGUGUUGUACAGAUUAAGGAGUUUACCCGUGUAAAUGGACUGUUAAGGGCUUGAAACCUACAAAACAACAAGGCCUAGGUAAAUGUAAUGGACAUUUAGUACUUGUUGCAUCUAUUUUCCUAGUAUACUAGUGUACAUGACAGCAGUGAGAGUUAAUGGCUGCAUCAUACAGUUUAUCAGACGUCAGUGGUUGUAAACACUAGGAUAUGAGUGCUGGUGGCUGCUAUCAAUAUUUCCUUGUCCCUUUCUGUACCUUCCGUUCUUAAACAACAGUCCAGGUGACAAUGAUCUCCAGCCUGCGGUACCAACCACAGUUUAAAAAAUAUGGCGUGAAUCUGUUUUCAUUCACUGACUAGGAGUGUUUUGGGAUGUUGGGGGAGGGCGUCACUGAAAUGUAUUUCUUGUCCAUCUUCAACCAGAUGACAUUUCACAUGCCGACACACCCAGUUUGUAAACCCCUCCCCUUGUUCAAUCUUCCCAGCUGAUGCCUUGACAGCGGGACAGGGAGCAUCUCUCCGCCAUGGCCUGUCCGCCACACGUGCAUUUACAGACAAGACGCUGUCAGUGGUGUGGGUGUCAGCAUUUCACAUGAUUUCUUACCUCAACAACAAAAAUGUUUAGCGACAAUAUUUCCAUUGCGUUUUCGUUUCGACGAGACGACAUGCUUUGUACAUUUCUAAGCUGUUCAUCUGAAGUGUCAUCGUUUGCACUAAUUGUAACGCAAUUGGACAAUGUUCUGUAAAUAAAAUUGUUACACUACAUAAAUGGA